AUGAGCGUGCCGAUACCCGGGAAGUCGUCGUGGCCGGAGCUGCUGGGCGUGAAUGCGACGCUGGCGGCGACGGCGAUCGCCCACGACAGGCCGGACGUGGCCGUGGAGGUGCUCCCGCCGGGGUCGCAGGUCGUCCCGGACUUCAACCCAAAGCGCGUCCGCGUCUUCGUCGACAACAACAACCUUGUCUCCCAGGUCCCCGUCAUCGGCUACGGCUCUAGGCCUCUAGCCAGCCAGGCGCUGCACCCGCCUAGCAGCUGGUUUUGA